ACGCGCAGGCGACUGGUUCGUGAGCUCAAGAACCUCCGGAGACCUCGAGACCGAAAGUAAUCCAUAGAAGACCAUCUGAAAAACACAUUAAUAUUCCCAAAUACCCGUACAUCCGAUUUUGUUAGAGUGACGCCUUUCGUGCGGUUUCUGCUUUGCUUCAACGGGAACUCUUGUACCAUACACCGGAGCGGAAACAGUUUCGGUGUGAAAAUUUGCAUAAAAUUGGCCCGAGAAAAAUUAGCAGACUUACUAUAAAGCCGCUGGGCAGCUUGUUCCGAGCUUCCGAGGAAAGUGCGUGAAAAACUCGUGGUCGUCGGUGGCCUGUGAUUUUAUAUAACAGCCGAAACUUGGGGGUGCUGCGGCUCAGACUCGACUUGAAGCUCGAUUUCGAUUUUUGGCACCUCCUACCGUCACUCCCAUUUUAAAAUGCAGCCCCUUAAGCGAUUCACACAGUGCGGCAGCUUGACCAUGCUAUUUGGCAUCUUCAUUAUCCUGUUCGGGGUCAGUUCCACGGCACUGACCACCUUUGGCAAGACCAACAACCAGCCGCCACCCACGCAUGUUCCCAUUGUCAAAGGACGAGAGUGCUCCAAUCACGAUGACUGUACGGCGAUAGAUCGCACAAGCUGCGUCAAGGAUCCCAACGACUACAGGUUCCGAUGUCUCUGCGGCGACGAUUCGGCUCCCUCCGCUGGCAAUUGUCCCGAUGUCCUUAAAGGUCUGCGUCACAAGUGCAACAGCAACAACGACUGCGAAGAUGGAAUGGUAUGCCAGUACGAGAACAGCAACCGGACCAUUGGAGUGUCAAAGUUCAUGUCCAGCAAGACCAAGCUGUGUCUUUGCGACAACGACAACGGAUAUGUGGAGGACAUUCUGCACGAUAUCUGCAGUGGAGCCAAUAUGCAGGCCCUGGUCAAUAUCCUGAUGUCCAUCUGCUCCUUGCUGGCGCCCUUCGUGGUCUCCGCCCACAUGCGAAAGCAUUUCUAGAAGGCCACUGGACCCGAUCGAAGUCGUAUAUUGGCGAUACUCUCCCCUAGUGAUCCAUCAAAUGUGCCUCAGUGAAACCAAUAACAGAAACAGAAAAUCAUCGUCCCCGUCCCUCACCCAAGUUCAUUUCGAAAACCAAUGGAAAAUGAUUAAAAAAUAUUUGAAAAUUAAGAAAGAUUAGAAAAAUACAGUACAGUCGCCACUAGCCUAAAGGUAGUUCUAUUGAAUAAGUUUCAUAUAUACCACCGUCAAUUUUAUUCGCUUCUCACUAAAAGUUGCGUUAUACAUAUAUAUACAAUAUACAAAAUUAUAUUAUCUGAUAAAUGUUUUCUAUAGAUCCCCUAUCGAUAGAAUAUUUACCUUAAAUACCAAAAAACAAAAAUACCGGCACCAUUUUAUUGUAAUUUUAUAAGUACAUAUGUGAGUCGAAGAAAAUCAAUUAAAUAUUUAAUAAAUAUAGAUAAGCAAAAAUUCAGAUCGCUUUAACAUACCAAUUACAAAUGUAAAACAUUUUAGUUUUUUGUAUUCGAAACAUCGAAAAAUAUAGCUUUACGAGCUCACAGCCACAACCGAUUAUAAACGUAAUAUAUAAUAAAUUCAUUUCGAUACUGCUACAACUUUAAAUAUUCUUUCAAAUCAAAAACUGUUAGGACCUUGCAAAUAACAUCUAUCAUUGACAUUGUUUUC